AUGGCCCGUCGAUGCUCAUAUUGCGGGCGUUUCGGUAACCCUGAGAGCAUUAACGAGGAGACUGGCCUCUGCCACAAAUGCCAUAAAGACAUACAGCCUUCAUCAAAGAGUGGUGUUGCUUCUCUUGCUGGCAAGAGCGGUGAAGGCCCAAGCAAGGUAGCCGCAGCAGUCAUGUUGCAAAUGGCAGCGGUAGAUGUCAGUGACGAUUCAAACUCCGCUGGAAGUAUCACCUCCAUUCACUCUGAUCAGGACCACGAUGAUGAGGAUAAUUCCUGUGUCGACAGAAAUGGAGAUGGAAACGAGAGCGAAAAUACGAAGCCCAAUAGCCAGAAGCUCAGGAGCCGUGGUAGUAGCAAUGUGUCUAGCAACCGGGAGAUAGAAUCUGAACUAUGUGCGCGAUGCUGGAAAAAUCCAUCAACAACCAUCCUGUACAAUACACCUAUAUGCGGCGAAUGCUAUCAGAUUGCGCAGGAGAAGCGGGAACACACCAAAGGGACAAAGGAGAAGAGGAGCGGAGCCUCCCCGAACCAACAGGUAGCGAAAAGAGGGCUAAGGCGGUUUUCCAACAACCAGAAACGUUUCCAACCACCGACCCCUGACCUCCAGCCCGGAAAAAGACUGACGAGGGUCUGCGACUCGUGUCGCCGGAAGCGAAAGCGGUGCCAGCAUCGCCGCGUGGUGGACGAGAACGAUCCUGAUGCGGACUUCCGAAAGCGGUCGAGGAAGGUACAAACAUCGACCGUGACGAACGGCCGUGAGGGGAGGAGUAGAACUAGCUCAUCCUCCGUGAUCGAAGUCAAUGACACGGUCAUUGUGUCGGAAACAGAACAAGACGCCAUUGCCGCUCCAUGCACCGGUGAUACUACCACCAUAGGCACAGGCACAGUCGUGGAUUCUUCUCUCACUGCCUCAGCCGUGGAUAGCAAAGGAUGUUCCACCAGUAACCUGCAGCGGGCGGUCGAGGAGUCUGUUCACGUCGUGUUCUCUAGGGAGAUGGAUAGACUGGUGGGAGCGGCGGAGGAGAAACUGUCAGACGCUGCCGUCGCGCUUGACGAUAUCAAGGAGCAUAUGACAGCGUGGUUGGAGCGAGUAAACGAGGGUAUAUAG